AUGUCCCAUCAUCCGAGUACUCAUCGCUCUACUCUUUUCUCCCUCCUCCGGAUCACCGAUGAAGCCAAAAAGGUCGUCAAUCAUUCUUUGAAUCAACAUCUCACUUCCAGACUCAGAGAUGGCACUCUCGUUCUCGAUGUUGGCCGCCACAAAUCGAUUUCCGGUGGCACGAUUGCAACACUGGGUCGCGGAGAAGAUGUGGACAUUUUCAUGGAGGGACACAAUAUUUCGAAAUAUCAUUGCUCUUUCGAGAUUGAGAGCAAAACCAUGGCGAUCAUGUUAUAUGACAGGUCAAGUACUCAAUCAACGUAUCCUUUGGGCCAGACUUCGUUCCCGUUCCAACAUGGCCGUCUCCGCCAAGUAGUCAUUAUUCAUGAUAAAUUCAACACAAAGAUCGGAAUUGGAGGGGAGAAUCCAGGCAUUAUUCAAUUCAAGAUAGUCUGGCCGGAUAAUCCAGAAAAUACGCUGCGGAAGAUCAAGCUCUUGCAUGAUAGCAUCAAUCGGUAUGAUGAUCACCCUCGGCGAACAUGA